AUGGGUGCCUGCGCAACCAAGCCCAAGACGCUUGAGGGGCAGGCCCCAGCUGAGGCCAACAUCUCCACACCCAAGGUUGCACCCGAGACCACUACCGUCCCCACUGAGGUUGCGGCUGAACAGGUAGUUGAGAAGGUGGUGGAGGAGGACAAGGAGGAGGAGCCGGCAACGGUGGCGGAACAAAAGCCGCCAUCCACCGCCGAGCCCGAGCAGCAGGCUGAUGAGGUGAGCACUCUGGAGGAGGCGGUCGUCGUCGAGCCCGAGAACAAGGAGGAGGAGGAAGAAGAGGCCGAGGUGAAGACCGUCGUCGAGGAGGAGAAGCCAUCAGCCCCUGCAGAGGAAAAGCUCGCCACCGGUGAGGUGACGGCUAAGCCCACGACGGAGGUGAAGAAGGACGCUGAGGAGGAGGAGGAGGACGAGACGAAGCCAACACAAAGCUGA